UCAGCUAUUUUCGGGAUUACGAUAUCAGAAGAUUCACUAGUGACAAAUUGAAAUACUUCACUGACAAUUUCAGCAAAAACAAUUACAUUGGAAAAUUUCAGUUUGGCAAGAUCUUUCGUGGAGUUUAUACGAAUAGUUCUAUUGGAAAUCGAAACAUCAUUGUUAAGAUAUGGGACAAUGAUCAAAAUCUGCAACAUAAUUUACUGAGACUAGGGGAUGAAAUAUUACUUUUACAUCAUGAAAUGUAUAUUUGUCAUCCUGGGAUGGUUAGAAUGAUGGGUUACUGUCUUGAAGAUGAAAAUGUUGCCAUUGUAUUGUUUGUGAAGUUUCAGAAUUCCAUGCAUAAUCUCCUCUCAAGUGGUAUAUUUCUUUUCAUUCUAUGAAAGUAGCAUUCUAUAUUUUUUAUUGCGCAUGUCCUUUAGGAGUUGCAAGAUUCCUAAACUCCCGAAAGUAAACUAACUGGUGCAUCAUAGACACCAUAUAGAGUAUAUACUAACAUGUGCUUUUUCCAUAUUUAGGUGAAUUUAAAUGGCUACAUAGGACUAAAGCUGCGUGCGGAGUGGCUUCUCUCCUCAAGUUUUUGCAUGUUGUACCGCAUCGCAUGGAUCCUUUCGUUAUUCGUAAUCUGCGUUCAACUCAUAUAUUGUUAGAUGAGGAAUACAAUCCGAAGUUAAUUGACUUUGGUAUGAUAAUUGGUGGGAUUUUUCCAAGCUUGGGAAGAGAACCAGCUAAUGACAUACGCUCAGGCACUUGGACCACGAAGGACGAUGUCUUGUCUUUUGGGUUGUUGCUUCAAUGCUUGAUAUCUGAAAAUAUGAAAAUUGAGUCGGAUGAUGGAUGUUUGGCUACUUCAAAUGAUAUAGAGAAGACGACUCUUGUACACGAGAGAUUACAGAAAGAUCCAACAUAUUGCAAUGAAGAUGGAAAAGAGAUUACAAGGCUGAUUGUGCAAUGCGUACAACCUGAUUAUACUUGUCGGCCUACAAUGUCUGAAGUUGUGGAGGCUUUCCAAAAAUUAAAAGUGGUCGAGACCCACCAAGAAAUUAUGUGCGUAGAGAAAAUGUUUUGGGACAAGUGUAGUGCUGAGAAGCCUAUGAAUCCUUCAAAACCUAAUAUGCCUAGAAUUCAUCGGCUGUAUAUCUGACCAACAACUUUACAUUAGACUUUGGAUAUAUAGUUAACUUUAGAAUUAAAGAAUUGUUAUGUUUGGAACAAUGUAUUUAUUGUUUUUGGUUUUUCAUUUUCACUAUCUUAGGCUUUACU